AAGUUUGUAAAUACCUUCUUUUUAUUUAAAAAAAAUUUUUUUUCGUUAACAUUUAAAAAAAAAAAAAAUUUCUUGAUUCUACAAAAAUAUAAUUUUUUGUAAAAAAUGGAACAACCAUCAGUUACUUAUUCUGAUAUUGACUACUUCGGCCAAUCUCAUAACUGGACCGAUACCGAUAUUAUCUCAUCUUAUAAAAAAAUUUGCAACCAACUUAACAUCUGUCAAGAAAAAUUACAGAUACAAAAAGGUCAAAGAAAAUUCAAAAAACGUUAUUCACAUUCUAAACAACUAUCUCAAAAAGCUGUCCAACAAGCACAACAAUCUCAACGUGAAAGAAAUGUCAAUGUUGCUACGAUAGGUCAUAUUGGAAACACACUCAAACAACAGAAAGAAGAACCUGCUUUAUGUACAGAAGAAAGGCAUUUAAUUCGUAUGAAGAACGCUUUAUGGAGACGUAUGGGUCCAUCAGUUGGUUGUAUUGGCAAAGGAAAUAAACUUGUCUCUCCAAAGACUCUAAAAUGUUCUUCUCAGUAUCAAAGAAAAGAUAUAUAUUCUGAACAACAAGAAAAAUGUCUCAUAAAUGUAAUCCAAACUCAUUCAUCAUCAUCAUACGUGCCACGUCUGCCACGAUAUGAUCGUUCUCUUAAAAAUCGUAGAAUUCAACGAAAAAUAAGAUAUGCAAGCAAAAUCGAUUCGUAUACAAAUUAUUUUAUGCAAUUACCAAGACAAAACAUAAGCAACAAUCCAUUUGCAAACCAAAUAUUUAAUGGAAUUAAUUUCUAUUAAUGUCGAUAUUUUAACUCCCUUCCCAACAUUAAAUUUAAUUCAAACGAUUCAAAAAUCCGUAAAUCUGUUUAAUGAAUAUUUUUGAAAAAUCUAUCGCACCCUAAUAAUCGGCAAAAUGUAAAUCUUUGUUUAAUGAAUAUUUUGGCAAAACCAUCGUACCCCUAAUAAUCGGCAAAUGUAAAUCUAAUGAAUAUUUUGGCAAACCUAUCGCACCCUAAUAAUCGUAAUCGGCAUACAUUAUAAAGCGGCUUUAAAAUUUGCACUACAAAUUUUACGAUAAUCGACGAUUUAUUAAACAAUCUUUUCAUUUUUUUAUUCGGCUUUAGUCGAAGAU